CCGGCGCCAAGAAAACCACAAAACCCAUACCCAUACCCAUACCCGCACCCAUGGCGUCCAGUCUUCUCCUCUCCUCCAAUUUCGCCGCCAUCUCCCGUCCCACCCACCGCCGCCGCGACUUCUGCAGGAACUCAACGUCCAACGCCUUCUCCGUGUCCUGCGCCGCCGCCGGAAACGGGAAAGACAGCCCUCAAUUCGACAGGCGCGACAUGCUGCUAGGCAUGGGAGGGCUGUACGGCGCCACCAGUCUGGCUCCAGCCACGGCGGCACCGAUCCCGCCGCCGAAGCUCGACACAUGUGGCGUCGCCAUGGAUGGCGACCAGCCCGUCGCCUUCAACUGCUGCCCUCCGGCGGGCCCCACUCCGACGCCGUACGUUCUUCCGACCGUAACCACUCUCAAAAAACGGCCAGCCUUCCAGCUCGCCGGCGACAAAUAUUUUGCCAAAUUCGAACGAGCCAUUCAGGCCAUGAAAGACCUCUCCGAGAAAGACCCGUCCGACCCACGCGGGUUCGCCCAGCAGGCCCGGGUCCACUGCGCGUACUGCAAUUCCGCCUACCCGCAAGCUCCCGGGUCGGAUCUGAAGCUCCAGGUCCACUUUUCCUGGCUCUUCUUCCCCUUCCACCGAUGGUACCUUUACUUCUACGAGCGGAUCUUAGGGAAACUGAUCGGCGACCCGACAUUCGCCCUACCCUUCUGGAAUUGGGACAAUCCUCCGGGUAUGGUUAUGCCCGACAGAGUCGUCGUCGAUUCAUCACCACUCUACAACCCGAGGCGUAACCCGACCCAUUACCCGCCGGCAACGGCGGACCUCCAGUUCCCCGUCGAACCGGGUUCCAAAACGCCGGAGCAAAUUGUCCAAAAUAACCUCAGCCAAAUGUACAACGAAAUGAUACGGAACUCGAAGCUGUUGGUGGAUUUCUACGGCGGGAAAUAUGUCGUCGGAAGUAGCGAGAGUCAGGCCAUCGGACACGUGGAGGCCGGGUCCCACACGGCGAUGCACGUGUGGGUCGGGGAGAAUACGGACAGGGGAUUCGACAUGGGAAACUUUUCGACCGCCGGGAGAGACGUGCUGUUCUAUGCCCACCACACUAACAUCGAUCGGCUCUGGACAGUGUGGCGCGACUACAGGGACAAGAAAGGUAAGAAGAAGGACUUUUCCGACAAGGAUUGGCUGGACAGUCAGUUCACUUUCUACGACGAGAACGCGAACCCCGUGACCGUACGCGUCGGCGACUGCCUCGACAACAAGAGGAUGGGAUUUACUUGGGACCCUGUCCCGAAUCCAUGGAUGGAUUACAAGCCGAGGGCGGCGGUGAAAAAAUUCAACUUCGCGGAAUCCGAGAAAGUUCGCCGCCUUCCGCCGCCGCCGAGUUUUCCGGCGAAGCUUGACAGGGUGAUUCAGGUGGUGGUGGAGAGGCCGGCGGCGAGGAGGCGGAGCGCGAGGGAGAAGGAGGUGGAAGAGGAGCUGCUGGAGAUAUCGGGGAUCGACGUGGCGAUGGACAAGUUCGUGAGGUUUGAGGUGUUCGUGAACGCCGAGGAUAGGGAGGUGGAGGGUCUGGCGGCGUCGAGGGCUGAGUACGCAGGUUGUUAUUCGCAGGUGCCGAUGUCGAAGACGGGGAGGAUGAAGACGAAGAUAAGGUUCGGGCUGACGGAGCUGGUGGAGGAGCUGGGGUUGGAAGACGAUACGAAGAUAUUGGUGACGGUGGUUCCUAAGAAGGGUGGGAAGUACGUCUCCAUUGGUGGUAUCAAGGUCAUUCUGGAUUCCUGAUCGCCAGCCGGAGCUGGAGCUGGAGCUGGAGCCGGAGCCGGAGUUCGGAAAAUGAGCAGCUAGCUAGCGCCGCAUUCGUUUUCUUUGAUGUUGUAAUAAAUUGUAGUCGCCAUUUUCUGCCGAAAACGGCGUAGCUCCUCUUCCGUUGGUAUCGCUCAAUAAGCUCAUUGUUUAAAUUCA